AUGCCCUUCACCGGAGACACCAGGGCCGGCAGGUCCCCCGAGUCAGGCGCUCGCUCUCUCCUGAGCUCCUGGCUACCAGGGCCCGCUUCUCCCAGCGAGAUGGACAAUCCAUCCUCAACACCUUCCAAGUCACUCAGAAACAACAUGACGCCGCUCAACACCAACGCUUCAACAAACACCUCCCGCUUCGCCUUCAUCUCCUCGUCAUUCUCCGCCCUGACCAAGUCUGCCACCUCGCCAACGCGGAAAGCGAAGCAUGACGACGAGCUCCUGAACAUGAACAUUCACGACGCCCUUUUCCCUCCUUCCGCCUCGCCUGCUGGGUCUCGCGACGCCUUUUCACCCGCUUCCUUUAAGAACCUCGAGAUGACGGCCGUUGCGCUCCUGACCAAGUUCCAACAUGCAUACGAAUCGCAGAGCGCCGCGUUGCGGGAAAUGGAAGUCGAGCGUGACACCCAAGCCGAGGAGGUCGAGGAGGCGGACACGCGAACCAAGCACCUCAAGCUACAGCUCGAGAACAUGGCGCUCCAGGCCGCCGAGCGCGAGAAGGAAAUGCAGGCACUCAUGGCCGCCCUCGAGCGCGAGAAGGCCGCGAACCGCAGCGGCCUAGCGUCCGACAGCGCCACCAUCACGUCGGAGGAUCUCGGCGCCGAAGACGACCAGAAGCGCCGCCUCUGGCGCAAGAGCAUGACUGAGGACACGGACGAGGAGAGCGUUGGCGACGCACCCAGCGUCUUCUCGCGGUCGAGGAGUCCCACACUCGCCGCCCACCCGCUGGGCCUGGAUGCCCAGCAGCCCUCGAAUAAGAAUGCCUCUUCACGCAACUCGAUGCAAUCGCAGCCGCAGAUCAGCGCCUUUCAGAAGCUGAUGAGGGGGUUCGGCGAUGCGGCGGUCGGCCAGGCUGGCGCUGCGUGCCAGAGGUGUCAGGGACAGGACGAGCGUGCCGCGUGGGACACGGCGAGCCUGCUCAGGGACGAGAACCGGGGCCUGAAGAUUAGGGUUGCUGAGCUCGAGACGUGCGUAGACGCGGCCUUGGAUGCCGUGCACGGGAUUCGUUUGUAA